CAUUAGAAACAGAUGUGAAGUAAAACAGUUCAUGACUAAAUCUUAAUUUAAUAAUGUACACAGGUGUAAACUGUGAGAGAAUUAAUAUCUUAGAAGUGCUAUCCAAUCAGUUAUUUUAAUUGUCAUAUUUGCUGACUAGUGACCCUCGAACAUUACAUAAUUUCUGUCCUAAACGUAUGCAGAGUGCGGCGUGUCUGAAGCUCAAUUGUUCCUGGAAGAAGGACUAACACUUGUAAGUUAAAAUGUGGCUGAGGGUUAUCAGUGGAUGGGUUACUAACCAGCCUAGCUUGUUUGAGGCAUUUGUCUUAAAAUCUGCAUUCUAUUGAACUGUGAACUUUGUAGAAGGUACCCACACAGAGACCCCGAGACACGGAGAUCAGAGUAAGAACAUUUUGUCCUUUCCCAGAGUCACUUUUGCUUACUGAUUUUUAUGAAGGGAAAUGUCACAAGCUUUUUAUGGAGAUCAUUUGUUUGCUUGGUUUUGCGGUUUGCAUUAUUUUAAUUUUAUUGUCCUUACAUUCAUGUAGCAGGAGCGUUAAGGGGCAUUUGACAUUUGUACUAGCUUCUCCAAUGUGUAACUUGGAGUACCAACUUGGACUUUGACAUAUUUCGCAAUGUAAUGAUGUUCAAAAGUCACCCUGAAGUUAAUGAUCAAGUCAGUUUGCCAGGCAAAUUUCUGAACAGCUUAAAUCCAACCCUAUCAUAUAAAAGGGGGCAGAGAACUCAGAAGAGGACAUUGCAGCUCGAGUGCAUGCACCCUAUGCAGCUUUUUAUGCAGUCAUAAGCAGAGCAAAGAUGAAGUUUGAGACCAUCCUCGAGGAAAUCGAUGGGUUUGGGCGUUUCCAAAUCGCCAUCCUCAUCCUGCUGUGCACCUCGCGGAUGGUUCUCCCCUGUCACUUCUUACUAAAUAACUUCAUUGCUGCUGUGCCCCCUCACCACUGUGACAUUAGCACGCUGGAGAAGUCUUCAGAAGAACUCUUCAGAAAUUUAACUCAGGAGCAGAAACUGACUGUCAGCCUUCCUGUACGAGAAGAUGGGGAGCCGAAAUCCUGUGAGAUGUUCGCAGAGCCUCAGUUUCAGCUUUUAUCCAACAACUCCAACCGCACUGACCUGCCCACAGUUUGGUGUCAGAGUGGAUGGGUUUAUGACAAUUCCACCUUCAUUUCCACGCUGGCCACAGAGUGGAACCUUGUCUGUGAUAAAAAGAGCCUGACAAAAACCACAAACACAAUAUUCUUCAUUGGAGUUAUGAUCGGAGCCCUAGCUUUUGGAUUCUUCUGUGAUAAGUAUGGGAGAAAAACCAUGCUUCUGGUCUCUUACAUUUUGUCGAUCGUGUUCGGCUUCUCCAGCGCAUUUGCAAACUCCUACAUACUGUUUGCAGUGCUGAGAUUUUUCACUGGAUUUUCACUGACAGGAAUCAGCAUCAUCUCAAUAGUUCUCACCAUUGAGUGGGCUGACAUAAGUCAUAGGUCAACUAUUGGGGUGAUUGGCAGCCUGGCCUGGUCUGUAGGUUACAUGCUGCUGGCUGGGAUGGCCUUUCUUCUCACUGACUGGCGGACGUUGACCAUGACAGUUACAGCCCCGUUAGGAUUCGCAGUUCUAACCUGGUGGUGGAUUCCUGAAUCUGCUCGCUGGCUUUUAGCAAAUGGUAAAGUGGAAAGGGCCCAGUUUUAUCUUGACAAAUGUGCAAACAUCAACAGAAGACAAAAACUUUCCAGAGAAAAACUAGAGACUCUUUCCAACAUAGAAGUCCAGGAAAACCAGGCAAAAAACUAUACGUACUUCCACCUAGUCAAAACACCGAGAAUGAGAUGGUUAACUUUUUUACUUGGAAUUGUUUGGUAUGGAGUCGCCUCAACAUACUAUGGAAUCAGCUUGAACAUCACUGGGUUUGGUUUGAAUAUGUACCUCACACACUUUAUCUAUGGAGCCAUUGAAGUUCCUGCCAAGCUCACAAUUUAUUGUUUUCUCAACAUCAUUGGACGAAGGAAAUGCCAAUCAGGCACGUUGCUACUGACAGGGAUCUGCAUCGGGAUAAACAUCUUUAUUCCCAAAGAUCUGUGGCACGUGCGUGCCAUUGUUGCCAUACUUGGAAAAGGCCUUUCAGAAGCUUCAUUUACAACCAUCUUCCUCUACACCACUGAGCUUUACCCUACCGUGACCAGGCAGAAUGGUUUGGGCUAUACUAGUUUCGUGAGUCGUCUGGGAGUAUCAAUUGCUCCACUCAUCCUGCUGCUGGAGAAUGUGUGGACUCUUCUUCCUCAGAUCAUCCUCUGCUCUUUAGCCAUUAUUUCUGGCCUAGUGGCUCUGCUUCUUCCAGAAACACUGAAUGUGAAGCUGCCUGAGACAAUUGAUGACAUAGAAAAUCCAAGAAAGAAAGAUGUAUCCAAGGAAUCCUCGCUUAUUUUCCUAGAAGUUAAGUCACAAUUAGGUUAACGAAGAAUGAAUUCAAAAUCAAAAGAGAUUUUGACCAAAAAUGUAAAAAAAGAAAGAAUAAAUGUCAUUUUUUAUAACAUUAAAAAAUUGCACUGACCAAUGUUCAGUUACAAUUUUAUUUGAUCUAAAAGAUGAUGCACUGUAUUAGACUUUAUAUGUGGACCUUUUUCUUUAAAUACCGAGACAGUUCCCCACU